CGGCGCCCCAACGGGAAACUAGUGCUCCACCGACUCGGUCUCGCGCGCACACAGCAAGGGCUCCAGCGCGGCGGCUGAUAUGAUCUCAGCGUCCGUGGCUCCCGGCCGAAGGAUGUGCUCUCUCCUGCUCGCUGUCGGAUUCGCCACGACUAGCGCCUGGAUCGCUCAGGCUGUCGACCACAUCGACAAAGGCUACCCAGCACCAGGACUCUUCGAUGAUGUCGAUCUUCAAAUAUUGGACAACAUCCUAUGGAGCUACGACCGACGCAUCACACCUGGUCACCAUUUAAACGUCCCUACAGUUGUAAAGUGCGAGAUAUAUCUGAGGAGUUUUGGAGCUGUGAACCCCGCAACAAUGGACUACGACGUAGACCUCUACCUGCGUCAGACGUGGACGGACUUGCGGAUGAAGAACGCCAACUUGACUCGGUCCCUAGACUUAAACGACCCGAACCUCCUCAAGAAAGUGUGGAAACCUGACGUCUACUUUCCCAAUGCCAAGCACGGGGAGUUCCAGUUCGUCACUGUUCCCAACGUUCUCUUGAGGAUAUACCCUACAGGCGAUAUCCUCUACAUGUUGAGGCUAAAGCUGACGUUCUCCUGCAUGAUGAACAUGGAGCGGUACCCCCUGGACCGACAGGUCUGCAGCAUCGAGCUUGCCUCGUUUUCUAAGACGACAAAGGAGGUUGAGCUCCAAUGGGGAAACGCUGAGGCCGUCACCAUGUACAGUGGUCUCAAGAUGGCACAGUUCGAGCUUCAACAAAUCAGCCUCACGAAGUGCAGUGGCGCUUUUCAGAUAGGCGAGUACAGCUGCCUGCGCGCGGAGCUCGACUUGAAGCGCUCCAUCGGUCACCACCUGGUGCAGUCUUACCUGCCGUCCACGCUCAUCGUGGUCGUGUCAUGGGUGUCCUUCUGGCUCGACGUGGACGCCAUACCGGCGCGCAUCACGCUGGGUGUCACCACGCUGCUCACCAUUUCAUCUGAGAGUUCUGACCAUCAGGCCAACCUAGCGCCGGUGUCGUACGUGAAGGCGCUUGACGUAUGGAUGGGCACGUGCACCAUGUUCGUGUUCGCCGCGGUGCUCGAGUUCACUUUCGUCUCCUACCUCGCUCGCAGAAAGCUCAUCGUGCCCGCUUCUAUGGGGGACGUCGAGGCUUCCCAAGAUCUCGUUCUUGUCGUGGGAAACAACGACAAAACUCGAUCCACGUCACCGUCCAUCCCAACGUCCACCCACGUGAUCUUGGCUUACAGACACCGUGCCAAGCAGAUCGACCAAGUGAGCCGGGUCGCUUUCCCAAUCGGCUUUUUUCUCUUCAACGCACUCUACUGGCCCUAUUACAUGAUCUAGCUGGCCGUGGUCUCAGUGCCUACUGCUGCUGCUCCCAGAGUGCAGCCGUACGCCGGGAAACGGGUGGCCGCGUCCCCCCGGGAAACGGACGACUGCUGGACUGAAAAGGACUGCCAUCACCAACGCACGCUCUGGUGGAAAAGAAGGCUACACUCUUUGUUCGGCCGUAUUCAUUCUUUUCCGACCAUGAUGGUAUUUGUUUAUCUUGUGUGCAGCCGAUGUGCUGUCUACAGGGCGUCCCACUCUCAAACGGGUGCUGACACAUUGACCAUCGCUUGAGACUAUAGCCAUCCUCGUUGCAUGGCUGUUGCGGUCAUAAUCGCAAAGAAUAUCAUGAUGAAAACUGUCUAUACGCAUAUUUGUAAAUAAGAAUUAAUUUACACAUCAGAAACAUGGUUGUACUUACGCAUGACCAAAAAUAUUUUUGCCGUUGUUUGACUAAUCGACCUAGGACAACUCAACUUUCACCAUAAUAAACUAGACAGAUGCGCGCGUUUGUGUUUAUUCAUUGCUGCACAACUGUGCGACCAACCGAUAAGAAAGUUAGGAACGGAACAAGGGAGGGGUAAAUACUUCUAUUGUGUGUUUUUGGAAGCAGUUAGCAGCAAUGAAUUCUGACUCUUCUUCGGUGUUGAUGCAUUACAGCUCGCGAUAGGAGGAGACUAUAGAUUAAUUGACUGAUAGCAGCCAAAUAUAUUUUUAUGAUUUCAUGAUAAGUGAUUUUUGCUUUUAUUGAUACACGACAGUUCAGCUAUUUGAGACUUAUAUGGUAGCAUUGCAUUCGAAAAGGUGAAUGCGUGUAGUCCUUAUACAGUGUUCACUUAUGUUGUACUGUGUAUCAAGCAUUGUUCUUGAGAAUAUUUCUUAUUGAUCUCUAAGUGAAGAACAACCCAAGAGCACUUCACUCAAUUUUUAUUUAGUACUCAACUAGUCUUUUUCACUUAGCGUUUGUGGUGUGAUAAUACACGCGGGUGAAUAUUGUAUAUACAGACGACGCUAAACAUUAUGUAUCCGCGUAAGUGAAAACAGAAUCGACCAAACGAACCUAAUGCAUACAGACGACGUACUUACAAUAACAACAGUGCUGAUAGGGCGCUCCAUCAUGCUUGUAACGUCACCACUGUAACGUCAACCAUAAUCAUUUACCUGACGGCUUUCUUCUGUGAGGCAUUCAAUAAUUUAUAGGGCGUCUGGUACUUCAUUCACUCGUUUACUCAAAGAAACAAUAUAUCCUACAGCAGCAAAUGACAAGUACUGACCACUCGAGAUGCAUUGCUUUCCCGACAGUCCUCAUUCUGAGUUCUUUCAGACUGAAGACUGAUUGCCUGUUGCCGCACUGAGACGUUGUUGGCGUUUUGGUCGAAGCGUUUGUGCUGCCGCGUGCAAUAUUCCGCAUAUUAGCGCGUAAUCUAUACACAGCAUUGAAGGACUAUUGAAAGGCAAUGAACAUAGGUUUCCCUGCCCACAGAUGCUCAGGCACUUCAUCGUUGUGGUGGAGUUUGUCAUGGACAUUGGUUAUGUAAACUAUUUAACUUUAUUGAUUAGACGUCUAAGCUAUACAUGCAGCGCCUAAUGACUUCUCGUCUUCAUUUCCGUACCGACACGUAAUCAUGUUUGUGUAUGUUUCACAGGUAAAUUACUAUCCAGACUGAUGCACAAUGGACCAGCACAGAGUAGGGCUUAUCAGUUUUGUUGAUGAUGACAUCCUUAUAUUAACUGUUAGUUGAAUAAUUGAAUACAACAGUGCAUUCACUCUUCUUGCGGUAAUGUUUACCUGUCCAUUUGAGUCGUUGUAUACAGCAUGCUCCUUCGUGGCACCGGAACAUUUUCACUUCUACACUACCACGUGAGAUCACUCACGUUCACAUCCAAGCCUACUCAUCAUCUUUGGGGGACAGUUGAAUGAGACCAUUUCAAUGAACUCUUGUCAGUAAAUAUUAUGGGCCAGAGAGUCAUCAUUUAUGCAUCGGUUAAAACGUCGUCGCUAUAACAUUCCUCAUCUAUUUUAUGCUUUUCGCGUGAUAGACUUAAGGAGGCAGAUAAAUUAUGACUGGCAAUAGAGUUCAAAGCCAAUCGUAGAUAUUUUUUCCAGUCGUGAUUUUGGAUUCGGGACUUGUGCUCAAAGCAAAUACUAGUAAAUGCUUGUCAUCUUCACCGCUACAAUAAUUUAUAUUAUACAUCAUUUUACCGGUGAGGCACCCCAAGGAAAGUGAAUUACGCGAAGUUUCAAUGUUAAAAUAUUUCGUACUACAUAAACUGUAUUUUUUAGACAGUUGAAAAGUCAGUAGCAUGUUGCUUUGGUUACGUGUUCUUCUUUCAGGGGUUUUGCGUGCCAAAACCAGUUCUGAUUAUGAGGUACGCCGUAAUUGAAGACUCCGGAUUCUGAUCACCUGGGGUUCUUUAACGCCAGCAAAUUAGACUAGCUGAAAUUUGCACAGAGUAGCGUCACCAGCAGGCUGAAUUUCGACACCAAGACAAACAGAAUGCUAGUCACCUAAGAUUGCGAAUUGCAAGCAGCUUAUUCCCCUUUUAGCAGUAACGCACAAAAACUACUUUUAUUGUCAUUGUGCAGGCCUUAAUAAUUGGCUCUUCAGGCAACAGGCUAUAUGCGUAGGAAAUUAUGAUGUCACCCAUGACCGUCGUUUUUAUCCAAAGCAACGCAACUGUUUUGAGAUCGAUUUGUAGUUUUCGCCAGGCUAAUCAACAUUGCUCUUCGCAUGAUAACAUAAGUCGUUUCAAAGGAUUGAAAGUAUAAAUUUGAGCUGCGCCUAUUGGGAAUAAUACGCAUUUCUUUCGAGCAAGGACGCGCUCGUACACACUGCUGCAAAAAAUCUUGAGAAAUAUUCAUAGCACGUUCAUAUCGCAACCGCCUGCAGCUUUUCAUCUGGCAAUGAAGGCGCACUGAAAUGUGGGUUUCUACUGAGGUCAAAGUGAAUUUACGAAUGACAAUGAGUGGUUGCUACCCGUGGCCUGAGAGAUAUAAGGAAAAAAAUUAUGAAAAGGUGCUACACAUACAUAGCGCAUUUAUUUCUUUGGCCAUCAUAUGCAUGUUUUAUAGACUUGUUCCUCCCAAACGGACGACAAAGUAUUCGAAUUUGUUUGUGCGCUGGAGAAAUCACGACAAUGCACACCUUUAUCUUUCUCGUGACAGAAAGUGAACUGGGCUGAGCAUUCAUUUACUGUAGCUUUUAAAAAGUUUUUUUUAUUCUUAGUGCUCAGUAUUUUGCUUUUGUCUAGCACUGCUGAUGGGUACAAUAGCAGCAAUUACAGACAAGUUGCAGGCUUGCAACCACUAAAGCUUAGCACUUUGUUUUGUUUUUUAUCACGUUAUUUUGAUGCAAUCUUUAUUAAAAAGACAACCUCGACUAAAAAUAAAUAAUUUGAUUUCUUUCAUUUUAUUUAAAGCUCUUCUGUCAAACCUCAUCUUUAGUGCUAAUAGUUUGCGAAGGAAAAGCAAGAAGCAUACACUGGCUCACUGAAAUAUAAAACGAAGGUUAAUGUUAGCGAAAAAGUAUUACUUUAGUUUUGAAUAUUGCCCAUGGCGACAAGUUAAUAUUGUUACAAGUUGGUAGGAAAUUAAAAUCUUUAGCCGAAGUCCAUAAUGCAGCCGGAAUGUAUUUCGUGUUCAGCAUGGUAUCGAAAAUCUUGAAAUCUUAUCAUUUAGGAGCGUGCUUCUGAUAUGACAAUACCAUGUAAUAAAAUUGCAGAAAUACUGCGACCUGAAAGAGAAUAAUCUUGGAAGGCCAAGGAAGCACGCUUAACCCAAUAAUUCCAUUGAAUAUUUCGUUCUUCUU